GGAAGUUCUUUCGUAGAAAAAUGGCUGCUAUGUGGUAGUAAUGACUUGAAUCAAGUGUAAAAGGCCAUGGAUCCUACACUUCAGGAGUUUAAAUUCCUUGACCUGACGGACAUAGAUGAAGAUGAACGGAAACAUUUACACCAAGUGCUUUACAGUGCAGAUCCAAGCCUACAAUUACCCUGGGAUACUCCAGAAUAUGAAUGUCAUACUGACAACACGCCACAGCAUUAUGCUGUGGCUUCUAUUCCUCACCCCACUCUACAGGGUGUCUUUCUCCCCCAACCACUCUUUACUUCUGGUCCGGCCACACUUGGUGUGCCAACACUGCCACCGGUGCCGGUAACAGAGGUUGAAUCCACUGCUGUUGCAGCAGCCGCAGCAGCAGCAGCAGCUGCAGCUGCUGCUGCACAAGAAACUGCUAACCCGAACCCUGUAGCAGCUGUUGCACCGGCAUUGCAUCACCAUGUUCGGGAUCAUUCACCCCAGCAUGUGACUUCACCACCAGCACAGUCACCGUACCACACUGCCUUGCCCCAUCCUCAGCUACCUGGUUCUGUAGUGCCCAUACCUCCUCCCCCAUCAUCAGUGACUGUACCAGCCCCUGCUAUGACAACAGUUUAUCAGAUGGUUGCUCCACAUAUUCCUAAUGUUUUUGUCAGCAAUUUGACAACUAAUGUUAAUGUGCAUGGUUACAAUACCCCACCAUAUGGUAGGCACAUACCUCCUCAGCAAGCUUACCAAGUACAAGAUGUCAAUAGCACACCAAGAGACAGUACUAGCAGUUCAGGAAGGCGCCAAAAACCAGGAAAAGUUGGAUCUGCCAGUAGGAGACAGGAAAUUCAACAUCAGUUUCGUGGGCAUGAUGUGCAGCCAGAUACUUCCCCCGGUGGUGCAUCUUAUCAAGUAAUCCCAUUUGUGCAUCCAUUUACUUACUACCAGGCUCCAGAACAUACGCCGUCUCAGCAUGCAGCUCCCGGAACACAUUUUUUUAUGCCAGUAUAUCAUGCUCCUGUGUGCCCUCCUUUUCAUCAGCAACCUGCUACAGCGGCACCAGUUGUGUAUGGUACAGAUGUAUCACAGCAACAUCCUACGGAAACAGUUGAAGCAAUUAGCUUCCCUACAGAAACAGUUAGAGAUGAACGAUCAACGGAUGGGUACUGUGUUGAACCGUCUUCAGUUCCAGUUGUGGAGCCAGUAACUUCAAACUCUGUAAUUUCAGAUUUGAAUGAACAAGAGACUACUGAAUAUAAUCAAACACCAGAAACUAUUCCUAGUGAAGGUUUACAGGUUACCCCAUUGUAUGAUUCUUCAUACUCUGGAGUUAACACAGAAUCAUCGAGUUUACCGGAAAAUCAAACCCACAAUUUUUCUGGUAAUGGAAAGGAACACAGUGGCAAUGCAUUUGAAGAAGAGGAAAAAGAAACAUCUACUCUAGUUGAUAGGAGAGACAGUGAUGGAAACAGUACAGUUAUCAACAAAAGUGAAACACCAACUGUUGCGAGCAGUGAGACUGUUGAGACUGUGAGAGUUGAAAACAGUGCUACUGCUCAACAAGAACUGGUUUUAGUUGAUACUAAGGCCAAAACAAGUAACUUGUCACCUGAUAGUCCUCCAAAAUCAUCUGGUCCUUUUCAAGAGACCCUUGUUACAAAGUUACCCAGUGCUGCUGAUACUACUACCACUGCUCAGAUUCCAAGGCGUACUGCAGUGAACACGACAGCAGCUCUUAUCAAUAGUGAUGAAGUAAACCAAGCCUCAACACCUGGCUCUGGACGGUCAUGGGCCAGUCUUUUCAGUCAAAACUGGCACAGCUCUCCUUCAGCAGCUGCACUUACGAACACUGCAAUUACUGGAGCACCAAAGCCACGUGCAACUGUACGGCCAUUCCAGAGUGAGUUGAUGGCUUCACCUGAUGGUCCAAUUUCCAGCUAUAAAGCUCAAGAUUCUCAACCAUUAAUGGAUGCUCCAGCACCUGCUGUUGAUACCAAAAACUUUCCUCAGCUCACAAAGUCUGCUGCAGAUAAUCCUCACCUCUACAGAUUGGGAGAAUUCCUAUCACAGUAUCAGCUGGAUCACCGUGCCAUAAGUCUCCAGCCACGUGGUUUGACAAAUCGCAGCAAUUGGUGCUACAUCAAUUCAACUCUCCAAGCCCUGUUGGCAUGCCCUCCAUUUUACAAUCUUAUGAAGGCACUACCAAUACCAUCAGCAACAAACAGGAUGAGUUCAUCUUCUACACCUAUAAUUGAUAGCAUAGUCCAGUUUGUAAAUGAGUUCCAACCUAUGCCUGUCGCCUCCCGUGUGGGCCGUAAAGAGAAGGCACAACGCAAGGAUGAUGGUACCAUUGAAGUACAAAGUGGCAUUGCAUUUGAACCCAGCUACAUUUAUAAGAUGUUAAAUAGCAUUCGAAGUAAUACUUUCAAAGUUGAAGGUCGUCAGGAAGAUGCAGAAGAAUUUUUAAGCUGCCUUCUCAAUGCACUGAAUGACGAGAUGCAGGAGCUUAUGAAACUUGUCCAAGACAAUUCCCAGACAAACUUGAGCAAUGGCGAUAUUGCAAAUGGUGAUGCAGGACAAAGUCAGGAUGAAGAUGAAACAGCAUGGAAGGAAAUGGGUCCAAAGAAUAGAGGCUCCAUCACUCGCCGCGCUGACUUUGGACGAACUCCCAUUUCAGAUAUAUUCAGAGGGCAGCUCCGCUCUCGUGUUCAGCGUGCUGGGGAUGAGUUCACAGAUAACGUUCAACCAUUCUUCACCCUACAGCUUGACAUAGAGAAAGCGCAAUCUGUGAAGGAUGCACUGGAAUUACUUGUUGGAAAGGAUCAAUUGGAAGGAGUUACAUGUUCAAAAACAAAUCAGCAGAUUGAAGCCUGGCAACAAGUGACAUUAGAACAGUUGCCGUAUGUUCUUGUGCUCCACCUCAAAUGGUUUGAUUACAAAUUGGAUGGCUGUUCAAAAAUUGUGAAGACUGUGGAGUUUCCUAUUGAUCUCAAAGUUGAUGGAAAGUUGAUGUCCUCACACAAGAAGGGCAAUGCAAAGCAGAAACAGUAUAAAUUGUUUGCUGUUGUGUACCACGACGGAAAGGAGGCAACAAAAGGUCAUUAUGUAACAGAUGUAUUCCACGUUGGCUAUGGAAGUUGGGUACGUUACGAUGACAGCUCUGUGAAAGCUGUUCAGGAAGUACAAAUGCUGCAUCCACGGAGUCCAAGAGUUCCGUACCUUCUGUAUUAUCGCCGCUGUGACACUAUUGGUCCUAGUACUGGCGCUCCAUCUACUGUUAAUUCCACAGAUAGGGCAAGAUAGAAAGUGCUCUUUGCAGGGAGGAUGUGUGAUAUUUUCCCUGCAUGUACUGAAUGCUGCACCUACUGCUCAUAAAUAACUACACUGCUGCUCAGCACUGUACCCACUACAGUUCUCUAUUAGGAGAUCUUGAGACUCAGUGUGAUCCUUCAGUUCCGAAAAUGACUCAUUUCUAAGGCUACUAUACUCCUUGACGAUAUAUAUGUAAGCAGUUAGGAAAAUUGCUUGUGCCUUAGUCUAACAGAAGUUAUAGUGUUGCACACUAAGAAUCAGUUGAAUGCUCUUCCAUAUUCCUUGUAGUAAAAAUUCUUCAUAGGAGUCUUUUUAAGAAACAUUUAGACUCUGUAAGUAUGUUUGAAUUGUGUGAGUAACAGUUUUGGAUAAUGUUAUCUUUGGUUCCCAUUUGAUCAUUGUGCAAACUGUGUUGUCUUGUAUACAAUAAUUCUGUUCUUGAAGAAUGUGAGCUCUGUGAUUCUGCAUCUGGUAAUUCUGUGGGGCUGUGGUUGAUUAUCUUAUUCUUAAUUGUCUUAAAUAGCCAUUAAUACAAACUUAUUUAUUAUAUUAACAUUCAAAAUUGAGAUGAGACUGGCACAUUUGUGUGUGGUUUUCCCCCCCAGUGAUUAUAAUGUGGGGUAACUGUGAACUGAUUCAAAAAAUUGGAUCUCUCGUUCAUUUUCCCCUUGAUUGUUUGUUGCUUUUUUUCAUUGCAGCAUUAUAUACAAAACAAUACAUAUUUAAGAACAAAGUUAUUCUUGUGAAUCUGCAGUGUUCGUGAUUUUGUGUUACACAUAAUAUUCACUACAUGCAGCCUAGACUGCUGGAAGGCUAGUGAUAUGCUUGCUAUUUCUAUCUUCUUCUGUUUGUGCUGUAUCAGCAGUAAACUAGUAAUCUGUUGCCUAAAAUACAUUUAGAAUUCAUGGACAGGUAACUAUAUUGUUUGAAUCUCUUGCAAUCUCAUACAAUUUCAUACUCUUGACAGUGAAACCUCUUUGACACUGUUUUAAAUUUCAACUCUGAUUUUCUUAGUUCAAUUUAUGUUAACUGUAAUUCUUAUUUCUGCACAUUGCUCAUGUGAGAUACCAAACAGUCAUUUAGUUGCACAUUUUGUGUUCCAAAUAGAGCUUUUGUUCACAACCUCAGUUAAUAAGCAACUUAAUACAAUGCUCGUCAUGCACUGUAAUCUUCUUGUAAAUAGUUUAUAUACUAUUGUUUAUAAAUUUUAUAGUGUUUCUUGUAUCUUACUGUUAUAUAAUUGUUUUUGCUCUCCCAGCCUUUUUCCUUCUUUAUCACAACUGUAUGUAAUGGGUUGCACUUUGUCAAUAUCAUUGUGAAAACAAUUGUUGUGUGGAAGCAGUUCAAACAUUUUACAUAAUAUCAACACACUAUAUAUAUUCUCUUCAUUGUUUAGUUGUGGAAAAUGGCAUAUUUAUAAAUUUUCAUUUAUCAAGUGCGUAAUUUGAUUUAUGGUGUUACAAAUAAUUGAGUGACAUUUUUUAAUGUUCGUGUGGUGGAUAAAGUUUGAGGUUGACUUAACUUUUUAUUAUGAGGACUUCCUGCUAACAGUGGCAGGUAGAAUGUUUUUAUGAUCAAGUAUUUGUAAAUAUGUAAAUAAUAUAUUGCUACAAAAGUUACUUUACCAGUAAGUUAAGGGUGUAAGUGAGAAUAGGGUAACAAAAUGCUUCUUUGUUUGUUCUUCCUCACGAGUUUAUUUUUUACUUUUUACCGCUGUUACCUGAUCAUAACUCAAGGUGUAGAUAUAGUAUAACCAGUAAUGUUCCUGAUAUAACCAGAUCAGAAAAGUGCUGAUUCACUUGAGUUGAAAGUGAAACAUGGAAAAGUGCACUUAAUAUGUAUAGUUUCCUAAAUGUAAAUAAAUCCAUGUAAGCUUUUACAUGAGGAUAUUAUUCCAUCUUCUGUGAAAGAAUGGAAGUACAAUAUAUGUAACACCUUGCCUAUCAUAGUUUCAUUGUUAUAAUAGUGCAGUUGUUGGAAUGACAACAGGAAUGUGUUUUUUAUACAAAAUUACGAAUGAUACAAUUAAAAAAGGUAAUGGCUUAUGACUGAUAUGUAAUAAUGUAAAGUGAAAAUGUAAAUGUCAUUAACAGAUGAUACAUUUUAUAAAUUAAUUACCUCUGAAUAACUGUAUAAGUUUAACAAAGCUUUAAGCUAUAUGAUACGAAACUACAAGUCAGUAGACUUGCAAUGUUGAAAUUAAAACUUUUUACUUACAAUGUUAAUGAUGUAUAUUAAUAAAAUUGUUGCCAUUUAUAUCUACAGCCGAAUAUAAAAAGAAGAAAAAAUAUUUUAAGAGGUUGUAUGGUUAAAGGGAGAGUGUGCUAUGAGUGAUAGUGGUUUGCAAUGUGCACUUAACACUGUGCCUGAAAAGGAAGUAUUUGUUCAGAUCAACUUUUUAUAACUUUUCCGCCAUAGUGUUUAUUUUACAUUUUUUACAGGAUGGUUUUGCUUAGUAGUUGUUUGAAGUGUGAACUUAAGUAUAGUAAAGCUUUGUCAGAGAUCUUAAUGGGGCUCUUCCCUAGGUUGAUAGCACUGAUUUAAAAAUUUUGAAGGAGAAACUAGCUUUCAGAAAUUACAUCCUGGUAACAAUACAGACAUGACUCUGUCUUUAGUUACAGUGAUUUUAAAAAACAAAAUGUGCAUCUUCAUCCAGAUACAUCUGCUCAAGCAGUCUUGAAUUCUGUAGUUUAAUUUUUUGUGCACACAUUGUUUUCUACAAGAACUUGUUCAUAAGCAAAUAUUUUUCCAAGCAGUGAAUUUUAUAAGGAAAUAUUUAUGGGUUUAUAUAAAUUUUUUCAAGUAGAAGAGGUUUCUUUGCUACAAGAUUUGCUGUGUGAUAUGUAUGUUAGCAGUUUCAAUGAAACUCCACAUCUGUGAUAUUGUAAUAGUAAUGCAUUUGAAUGGUUUGGGAGGAUUAUACGUAAUUAAUCAGUAAAAUAAGUUGGGGGGGGGGGGGGAGGUUCUUUUUGUGACUUUCAAUUUACUUUCAUAUUAGACCAUCAUUCGGGUUUGUGUGGGUGGGAAAUGCUUUAAAUUUUUUCCCCUCCACUAACUUCUGUUAUUGUCUGCAUUAGUUUUAUAGCUUUUAAACUUGCUAAAGGCCUGUAUCUCAGAAUUUAGUUAUUGGUUUGUGAUCUUAGUAUUUAAAUUGUGUGGUUCACAACGGUAGCACAAAUAGUCAGAAUAAUGAUGUAUAUAUUGCUGCUGGCUUUUAAGGAGUUAUUGCUGAAAUUGGUUUUUCUCAGAACAGUCCCUCCAUUUAUGAGUAAAUAUAGGAUUAUUGUUUGCUGUUGUUAAAAUUUAUUUCAUGUACAUUUGUGCAUAGAUCCUUCCCAUGUUAAUAAAACGACUGAACCUUUAA